UGAUUUAGUCAAUGCACAGCACAUGAGCAAUUGUGCUCCCAGAUUAUUGAGUUUGAGCAUCGGAAAAAACUGUCUCUCUCUCGAGUUUCUCUCUAGGCGGUGGGACUUGGGUUUCGUCUCGGGCGAUCAAGUGUUGCGGCGCCUCCCUCUGCGGCUUCCGCCGAGUGUGGAGGCGUCCGUGUGGUGUCUCUGAUCUGGACCUUGGCACUUUGAUUCGCGUUUUUGGGGCUUGGAGAGCUUCGGCCAUCUCUGCUCUUUUUCACUCUGCAUUUCUUUUGGCUUUGGCUGGCUCUUUGUGGUGGCGGCGAAUCUGGAGCGCUGGUGAAGGGACUUUUGCAAUUCAUCAGGCAUGGCUUUUUGCUAUAAUCUUGAAGCCAAAGUUCCAGGACGUUGCCUGAACAGCUCAAAAAGAUUCGGAAAUCCAUAAUUUAGGCAUGGCAAAUAUUUGUUACAUAGAGCAGCCACUGGUGGAGGAACUUACUUUUACUGAAGCUCCAUUCAAGAGUUGCCAUGCUUCUACCAUUGUUGAGGUUGAGAAGGAUCAUUUCUUGGUUGCCUAUUUUGGGGGCACGUCAGAGGGGGCACCUGAUGUCAAAAUAUGGUUGCAGACUUACAAAAAUGGCAGAUGGCAUCCACCUGUAAUUGCAGAUGAACAAUCAAAUGUUCCUAUGUGGAACCCUGUGCUGUUCAAGCUCCCAUCAGAUGAGAUACUGCUAUUCUACAAAAUAGGCCAAGAUGUUCAAAAAUGGAGUGGAUUUAUGAAAAGGUCGCAUGAUAAAGGCAUCACCUGGACAGAAAGAGAACAACUUCCUCCUGGCAUAUUGGGACCAAUAAAGAACAAACCCAUUUUGCUGGACAAUGGCCAUUUACUUUGUGGAUCAUCUGUUGAGAGCUGGAACUCCUGGGGUGCAUGGGUGGAGGUCACAACAAAUUUUGGUCAGUCAUGGACGAAGUAUGGCCCAAUUUACAUUGAAAAUAAUCCCCUCAGUGUAAUUCAACCAGUGCCUUAUCGGACUUCAAAUGGGGCAAUACGGGUUUUACUACGAUCCUUUGAGGGCAUUGGUAGAGUGUGCAUGUCAGAAUCUUCUGAUGGUGGCAAGACUUGGGGAUAUGCAAAACCUACUAAGCUCCCAAACCCGAAUUCAGGUAUUGACGGUGUUAAGCUGCGAGAUGGGCGUUUAUUGCUUGCUUACAAUACAAUUUCAAGGGGGGUACUGAAGGUUGCCCUAUCCGAUGACGAUGGCGAUUCUUGGCAGGAAGCUCUUACAUUGGAGAAUAACUUGGGAAUGGGAUUCUCAUAUCCUGCUGUUAUCCAGGAUAGCGAUGGACUUGUCCAUAUCACCUAUACAUAUAAUAGGACACAAAUUAAGCAUGUUGUUCUUGAGCUGAAGUGACGUUUAUCCCGAAUGUAGACCUGAUUGAUGAUGGUCGAACUGUGGGCUUGAAUUUUUAAAAAGAUCUUAGCUUGAAGCCUGACAAAUUCCCGUUGAAUAAUCUGACAUUUGGUCGAUGAUCGGGCCUCUUUAUUGUGUAUAUCUCUACACGUGGCUUUUCCUAACAGCAAGUUCAGAUUUAAACGUAGAACGCCUGUAAAGUCCAGUUUGAUAUUAAGAAAGCAACAAUUAAAGCA